AUGCUGCCGUACUAUUCAACACACGACCGCGCUGCGGCGGUCCUCAAGCGACGAAGAAGAUCAACAAUGAGCCCGGAGAAGAUGGUGCUUGGUUUGAUCUUCGUCGCUUUUGCUUUUGUGCUCUUUGGUGCUUUCUACUUUGUUCCGGACCUCAGCGGCGAUCGCAACCCCGUCGACGGCCCGAAGCGGCUCAGCUACAUGGAUGAGCCCAUGGUGCGUGAGCAGGUUGAAGGGUCCGCGCUAAACAACGAUGCACAAUCCCACAAGAUCGCCAACGACCACUUCCACAACCAGCCGUUUGAGGAAGACCACAACAAGCCGCCGCUGCCGCCACCGGCGCCGCCAAAGCCCCAGCAUGUGGCGCCGCCCGCACCGCAGCAACCAGCCCUGCACGAGCCGAGCGACGCAGAGAAAGCGGAAAGGCAACAACGCAUCCAGGAGCUGCUGAACGGCGGUCAACAACAACAACAACAACAACAACAACAACAGCAGCAACAACAACAACAACAACAGCAGCAGCAGCAGCAGUAUCAACCUGUCAAGUCGAACAAUGCAGGCGGUGUAUCGUACGAUUCUCCUCAAACCAAGGAGCGCCGCGAGUUCGUCAAGAAGAUGAUGAAGACGGCGUGGGACGGAUAUGUGGCGCACGCGUUUGGCGAGAACGAGCUCAUGCCCAUCUCCAAGCGCGGGCACUCUGCAAGCAUCUUUGGCCGCACGAAGAUGGGUGCGACAAUUGUAGAUGCGCUGGACACGCUGAAGAUUAUGGGACUGGAGGAGGAGUUUAAGAAGGGCCGCGAUUGGGUUGCAGAGCACCUCACCUUCGACGUGAACACGGGCGUGUCUGUUUUUGAGAUCUGCAUCCGCUUCCUCGGCGGUCUGCUCUCCGCCUACGCCCUCACAGGCGACGAGGUGUUCAAGACAAAGGCGGAGGACAUUGGGCGGCGGUUGCUGCCGGCAUUCAACACCCCGACCGGCAUUCCAAAGGCCAUGGUCAACCUGCAGACCGGGACGUCGCACAACUGGGGGUGGGCGUCGGGCGGGUGCUCCAUCCUGUCGGAGUUUGGCACCAUGCAGCUCGAGUUCAACUACCUCUCCAAGAUCACAGGCGACCCCGUCUUUGCAGAGAAGGCGAACAAGGUGAUGGACUAUGUUGUGAAGAAGCCGCGACCAGCCAACGGGCUGUACCCAAACUACCUCCACCCGGAUUCUGGGCAGUGGGGAUCAACAGAUUUCGCAUCCGAGGCACGGCAAGGCGUCAUCUGCCUGGCAUGGAACAGCAACGCGCGGGAUCGUUACUACAUCCUCCGCCCAGAGACGGUCGAGGCAUACUUUGUCAUGUGGCGGCUGACGCACGACCCCAAGUACCGGGAGUGGGCGUGGGAGGCGGUUGAGGCGCUGGAGAAGAACUGCCGCUGCGGCGUCGGCUACUGCGGUCUUCGUGACGUCGGGCGCAUGCCCCCGUCACAGGACGACGUGCAGCAGAGCUUCUUCCUGGCUGAGACGCUCAAGUAUCUCUAUCUCAUCUUCUGCGAGGACGACGUGAUAUCACUCGACGACUGGGUCUUCAACACAGAGGCGCACCCGGUUCCCGUCCAGCACUGAAGCAGCUGUGGUGGUGGUAGCAGCAUCGGCAAAGGGUGACCACCUACGUUCUUCGAAUAGCAAACACAAGUACUUGUGCAUGUGAAUGAUCUUCUUGCGUAUUGCUUCGUGUUUGUGUGUAUGUGCGUGUGCUUGUUCGUGUGUGAUGGCGCGUGUCUUUGCUGUUUGCAGGUAGUCUUUGUGCGCUGUGUGGCGUUCUUGUGCUUGCAGUCUGGGCUGAUCAUGUUUGUGUGUGUGUGAGGCGUUGCUUGUUUGUCAAUUUGGUUGUAAGUGAAAACAGCCGUGCUUGAA